CGCUCCUCCCCCACCCGCUUCCAACCCACCUGACGUGGGCAACGCUGCUCCCAGUGACGACAACGCCAGCGAUGACACCAACACCGAACAACAGCGAUGACGACGACACCCACUGGCUCUUCCGCUCCACGGCAUCGUUGGAAACAAACAGAACAUGGAUUACAUUAUCUUAUGGAGUAAGGGAAUCCCGACUAAGGACAAUGGCCAGGCCCAGGAAGCCACCAAGUUGAGCAUGUACCUAUUAAUAGUUGCUGAAGUGAACUUGUGAACUUAUUUCUGGCUCAAUGGUUGCCAGGGGCUCCGCGAAUUAACAACCCACUCACCCAGUGGCCCAGUGCUGCCAAGUGCUGGAACUCAGUCGCCUGGCGAGGCUUCCGCCAUGCAGACGCGUCCGAGCAGUGAACCGCAUCGCAGCAGGGAUCAGGUGACGGACGGGGAUCGGAAUCGGGAUCAGCCGCAGAAAUGUGCAAGUGCCUCGUUGGCCAAGAAGCCAGUCACACCGCCGGCGGCACCUCCACCCACGCCAUCCAACCGGGUGGUGGCUCCACUGACGGUGCCAGUGAUCCAACUGACUCCCGCCCAGAGCGAUAGUCCAGUGAAGCUGGCUCGGCCAGCCACAUCGAAGGAACCCGCCAUCAGCGCUCCCGACCACAGCAACAAGGAGAACCAGCCAGCUAGGACACCACCACCGAGCAAGUCCUGUCCCCUGGGCGCACCCACCAACUACGUGGCCAGACGCACUUGGAUCACCACCGAGCGGAUGAACGAGCUGCGGCGGAAGGCACAGGAGGCGGCCAAGCAGAACAAGAUCUUCACCAUCCGUGGCUGCUUCAACUCCGUGAGGAACGCCCUGCUGACAAGGGGUUGGGUGGAGAAGCUGGACGUGCACCGAAAGGUGAUGCCGGUGGGCCAGAUGACCUACGAGGACCUUACCCAGCGGCUGCCCAAGAGGAAGGCGGGUGAGACGCGGCGCCAGUAUGUGCAGAAGUGCGAGCGAAACAUCAUGUCCCGCUUCCUGGAGCACAUGCCCGUCGAUUUCCUGUGGACGAACCGGAAGGAGAAGUGCGACUACAUCGACCAGGCCAAGAACCCAGGCAUGACCAUCAACAAAUUCCACCGAGCGCCGUUCACUUCGAAGGAGGGUCUGUGCAGCCAGCUGCGCGACUUCCACUGGUUCUUCGAGGAGGGCACCGCCGAGAUGUACUUCCCCAGGUGCUACAACGUCUGGAGUCCCGAGGAGCUGGGCGAGUUCAUCGAGAACUUCAAGCUGACCGCCUGCGUGGCCUUCCUGCGGGCCAUGCUCUGCAAGUACCACAAGCAGGGCUCCGAUGCGGUCUUCUCGUGCAGCGGCAAGAUACCCUACUCCGCUAUAGACUUCGCCUACAAGCGCCUGGUGGAGUUCAUCGACAGCUGCCAGCACAAUGACAUCGACUUUGAGGAUCCGCCCAAGAUAUGGGAGCACGACUGGGACGCCUUCCUGUUCCAGCACCAGCAGCUGGUAAACGAGGACGGUCGCAUCCAGCACGACGGUGGCCAGCGGCUGGAGCCGAUGGUCAAGAGCUGUCUCUCGCUGGUGGACAAAAUGAAGGUACACUGGCCGCAGUACAGUCUUGAUGGAUACCAGAAUCUGUGGAUAGUCAAGCCGGCCAACAAGUGCCGCGGCAGGGGCAUCAUCCUCAUGGACAACCUCAAGAAAAUCCUGGGCGUCGUGAAUCCCUCGAUUGCCUCCAAGAGCCGUUAUGUGGUGCAAAAGUAUAUAGAACGUCCAUUGAUUCUGUUCCAAACCAAGUUCGACAUUCGUCAGUGGUUUCUGAUAACCAACACCCAGCCUCUAGUCGUAUGGUUCUACCGGGAGAGCUAUCUGCGAUUCAGUUCACAGGAGUACAGUCUGAGCAACCACCACGAGUCCGUGCAUCUGACCAACUACGCCAUCCAGAAGAAGUACACCAAUGGAAAGCGGGACAAGCGCCUGCCCAGCGAGAACAUGUGGGAUUGCUACUCCUUCCAGGCGUACCUGCGUCAAAUUGGCAAGUACAACAUGUGGCUGGAGCGGAUCUUUCCCGGAAUGCGCAAGGCCAUCGUUGGCUGUAUGCUGGCCUCCCAGGAGAACAUGGACCGACGGCCCAACACCUUUGAACUCUUCGGCGCCGACUUCAUGAUCUGCGAGAACUUCUAUCCCUGGCUCAUCGAGAUCAACUCCAGUCCGGAUCUAGGAGCCACCACCAGUGUGACGGCGCGCAUGUGUCCCCAGUGUUUGGAGGAUGUUGUCAAGGUUGUUAUCGAUCGCCGCACGGAUCCCAAGGCGGACAUGGGUAACUUUGAGCUGGCCUACCGCCAGGUGGUGCCACCAACUCCCGCCUACAUGGGCCUCAACCUCUUUGUGAAGGGCAAGCAGGUGCUGCAGAAGGCGAACCAUGGCGGCGGUCACGGCCACUACUACUACCAGCAGCAGCGGAAGGAGCGCUCGCUGGCCACCAGCAGCGUUUACCGCCAGCGCUCGGCCAUCAUCCAUCCGGCUACGAGUAUAUCGCGAAUCCACCGUGCCAUGCCCACCUUCAAUGCCACCGAGUACAUGGAGAAGUACAUGGUGGAGCCGCUGAGCAGCAGUCGCAGCAGUUUGUGCAGCCAGCUGCCACAGAAGUCGCCAUCGGCGGCUCCUUCCCUAACGGCACCGCCCAGCUCGUACAUCCUCAAGCAGGCGGGUCGUUCCAUCACCCAGUUGCUAAGUGCAUCCCACAAAAGGAAUACCGGGGGAUCUCUUUCGGGUGAGCAGGUACCGAGCACCGCCUUGCCACCCAAACGACAGCGUAGCUGUGGCCCUCGACUGAGUUCCACCAAUCCCGUGGAGAGCACGGAGAAAAAGUUCAAGAUCCUGAUCAAGAACUAUUCGUCCAACGGAAACGAGAACAUUCAGGAUGCGCGACCGGAAGUGGCUAACUCAGCCACGGCCGCGGCGAUAAGCGAGCGGAAAUGGCGCAGUUUGCGCAACAUUGCGGCCACAGCAGGUGGCUCCUCUAACUUUGUGGCCCGCUCUAAAGGACCACCAUUGGUGGCUCCACCCAAUUUGCCCACGCGCCGCCUAACCCGCACCAAAUCCGAGAUCGACAGCACAGGCAUGCACGCCAUUGGCCGGACCUUUGGUCGGAAGUCGAAUGGUCCGAGGUUGCCCAUUAGCAUAUCCGUGCAGGCCCUGCAUCGAGGAGAGCCCAUCGUGGCGGCUCUGAAGCAGGCCACCAGUGAGCUGCAGCUCUCCCAGGCUCAGAUGAUGAGCCCGCGAACCGCUUUGGCCAACAAGCUGAAUGGUUCCACGCUGAUGGUUCCUGCUUCAGCACUUCCGGUCGGCUAAGAAACCUUCGAACCUGCCGUGAUUGGUCAAUAAAACGUAGUUACCACUCCAGUACCUUAAAGGUACAAGUGGAGAUCCAUUACCCAACCUGGGUACGGGUUUCAUUUAACCUGUGAAUAAGCUGCCUUUUAGACAACAUAUUUAAGCAAGUUCAUACAUUUUAGGAUGAGGAAUUAUUUUGUGAAUACUUCAAUAAAUGAAAUGAAACAUCAUACAUAAAUCGAAAGUUCUAUAGCAAAUAAAUCUUAGAAAUAUUCGAAUCAGAAACUUUAUUAGAUUUUAGUAAUUUAGUAAUUGUUCGAAAACUUCGGUAUACGUUAAUUAUGCCUUAUAAA